GAAUCAGAGUCCAGCUGUGUGUCUAUGAGGAGCAAUGAUAAAUCUGUGCAUCAGCCAUUACAUGUUAGGAGUGGAGACACAGAGACUGAUCUCAGCCAUGAAGCCCUCAACACAUUUAGAUCAAAUCUGCUGAAGAAGUUUGAGUGUCUGUAUGAGGGAACAGCAGCACAGGGAAACCCAACAGUCCUGAAUGAGAUCUACACAGAGCUCUACAUCACAGAGAGUGAGAGUGGAGAGAUCAGUCAUGAGCAUGAGGUGAGACAGAUUGAGACACAAUCCAGGAGAUCAACAACAGAUACAGCGAUCAAAUGCAGAGACAUCUUUACACCUUUACCUGGACAAGACAAAGCCAUCAGAACUGUGCUGACGAAGGGAGUCGCUGGCAUCGGAAAAACAGUCUCUGUGCAGAAGUUCAUCCUGGACUGGGCUGAAGAGAAGGAGAAUCAGGACGUCCAGCUCAUAUUUCCACUUCCUUUCAGAGAGAUCAAUCUGAUGAAGGACAAAACACUCAGUCUGUCAGAUCUUCUUCAGCUGUUUUUCCCUCAAACUAAAGAAAUGGAAAUAUCCAGUGACAAAUAUAAAGUGCUGUUUAUCUUUGAUGGUCUGGACGAGUGUCGUCUUCCCUUAAAUUUCAAAAGGAAUAAGACUCUGAGGGAUGUGACCAAAACAUCAUCAGUGGACGUGCUGCUGACAAACCUGACUGUGGGGAAUCUGCUUCCCUCUGCUCUCAUCUGGAUCACCUCCAGACCAGCAGCAGCAGAUCUCGUCCCCUCUGAGUGUGUCCAUCGAGUGACAGAGGUACGAGGCUUCAAUGAUCCUCAGAAGGAGGAAUACUUCAGCAAGAGAAUCAGUGAUCAGAGUCUGGCCAACACAAUCAUCUCACACCUCAAGUCCUCCAGGAGCCUCUACAUCAUGUGCCACAUCCCAGUGUUCUGCUGGAUCUCAGCCACUGUUCUGGAGAAGAUGUUGAGUGAAGCAGAGACUGCAGAGAUUCCCAAGACUCUCACUCAGAUGUACACACACUUCCUGAUCCUGCAGACCAACAUCAAACAUCAGAAGGACUAUGAGGAGAAGCUGACAGAUGAAGACAUGAUCCUCAAACUGGGGAAAGUGGCUUUUCAGCAGCUCAUGAAAGGCAAUAUAAUCUUCUAUGAGGAAGACCUGAGAGAGUGUGGCAUUGAUGUGGCAGAAGCUUUAGUUUACUCAGGAUUGUGCACUCAGAUCUUCAGAGAGGAGUUUGGCUUGUAUCAGGGGAAAGUCUUCAGCUUUGUUCAUCUGAGCAUUCAGGAACAUCUAGCGGCUCUAUAUGUGCACCUCUCCUGUAUAAACAACAACAGAAAUGAGUUUGAGCAAAUCAAAAAGCCGAGUUUGUGGUCUAAAGUUAAGGAUCAUUUGUAUUUAAAUUCAUCUCAACUUGUUUCAUUAUCUGAGCUGCAUCAGCGAGCUGUAAAUGAGGCUCUACAGAGUAAAAAUGGACAUCUGGAUCUUUUCCUGCGGUUUCUUCUGGGUCUGUCAGUAGAGUCUCAUCAGAUUCUUCUACAAAGACUAAUGAAACUGAGAAGCAGAUCAAUCCAGAAUAAUAAAACAGUCGAGUACAUCAAGAAGAAGAUCAGGACCAUCAACUCUCCAGAGAAAUUCAUCAAUCUGUUUCACUGUCUGAAUGAACUGGGUGAUCAUUCACUAGUGGAGGAAAUACAGCAGUAUCUGAAAUCUGGAAGAAUAAACAGAGCCAAACUCUCCUCAUCUCAGUGGUCAGCUGUAGCGUUUGUGUUGUUGACAUCAGAGAAGAAGCUGGAGGAGUUUAAUAUAAAUGAAUUUGUUGUUGGAUACAAAAAAACUGAAAAAUUGUUAAUUUUUAAGAAGCUGCUGCCCAUGAUUAGAGAAUGUAGAUCAGUUCAGUUGAGAGAUUGUGGUCUCAGUGGUAAAGAUCGUGCUGCUUUGGCCUCAGCUCUCAGAUCAAACCUUGAACACCUGAGAGAACUGGAUCUGUCCUGGAAUAAUCUAGGAGAUUCAGUGACUCUUCUCUCUGCUGCAGUGGAGGAUCCUCACUGUAAACUGGAGACACUGAGGUUGAGUAAUUGUGGUCUCACAGAUGAAGGUUGUGCUGCUUUGGCUUUAGCUCUGAGAUCAAACCCUGAACACCUGAGAGAUCUGGAUCUGUCUGAAAAUAAACUAUCAAAAUCUACAGUCAAGCUGUUCUCUGAUCUAAAAGACGACUCGCAUAAUAAACUGAAAACAUUAUACAUUUGAUUCUCAGUGUUUAGUUUGCUCAGGAUCUGCUGAUGGUGAAUGAGGAGAAAUGUCACAGACACACAAUCAGCACACACUGAAGACACACAGACUCACACUGACUGCACUGGUUUGUUUUUAUAUGUAAUGACAAGGAAAAUGUAAAUGACUCCAUUAUCUUGUUCAGAUAUUGAUUAGUGUAUACUAGAAAAGAGGAUUUGACUAUGACAACACUAAAACACAUUUGUUUUUAUCAGCUAGUCUUUGAUAAAUAAAUAUAAAUAUGAAAUGUGUUGUGCAGUACAGACAGCUCUGUUAUGUUGGAAAAAUCAGAUUCAUUGGCUAAAAUUACUCUUUGUUUUUAGUAUAAACUUGGUUUAACAAGGUUUACAUGGUGAAAGUCCAGAUUUAAACUACAGAAGAGAUGCAACAGAAAUGUGUCCGUCAGCACAGAACACGCUCCUCUAUUAAUGUUCUCACUCAACUUUCCUCAGUGACAAACAUUUCUGAAAGAGCUGAAACAAACUCAGAGCAGUCACUGUUGAAGACUUGUUCAGUAUCUACAGAGAACUAUAUCCAAUGAUUUGGAGUUGAGUGAAGACUCAAAUAUUUAGUAAAGAUGAGCUGAUUGAAAGAUCAGAUUUUACUGAUGCUACAAAUAGAUAUUUUCAGUGUUUUGAAUAAAUACAUGAAGGAAUUUUGCUGCAAAACAACCAAGCAGCUGUAAAAUUGUCGUUUU